AGCGCGUAGAGAUGUGUCGCGUGAGGAGUGUGUUUAGCAACUGUUCGAGAUUUAUUUAAGUUUGACGUAAAAUGUGUGUUGAGUGAAUUACUACAUGGCAUCAUGUUAUUUUAUAAAGAAAAGUUGUUGUCAGCUGGACAGCUUAAACGUCUCAGCGAACAUAAAUACAGCUGUUCUAGUGCAAGUCUUUUAGAUCCAUUAUUACAACCUUGGUGGAAUUGGUUGGUCAGCAAACUGCCAAUUUGGCUUGCACCCAACCUCAUCACAGUGUCGGGUCUUAUUGUGAAUAUACUAACAACUCUCAUCCUUAUAUAUUACAGUGCAGAUGCGAAGACCGAGGCACCCAGAUGGGCCUGUUUCAUAUGUGCUCUUGGACUCUUCGUGUACCAAAGUUUAGAUGCAAUUGAUGGUAAACAAGCUAGGCGGACAAAUACCUCAAGUCCAUUAGGAGAGCUGUUUGAUCAUGGUUGUGAUUCAAUUUCAACCGUUUUUGUGGCCUUGUCAGCGUGCAUAGCAGUGCAGCUGGGUUACUAUCCAGCAUGGAUGUUCUUCCAGUGUUUCUGUGCAAUGACACUAUUCUACUGUGCCCAUUGGCAGACAUAUGUCUCAGGUACUCUACGAUUUGGCAAAGUUGAUGUAACCGAAGCACAAUUUACUAUCAUACUCAUUCAUUUAAUUUCUUCAAUAUUUGGGCCAAGUGUGUGGAUGACACAGAUCCCUUACACUAGUUAUGAAAUGAAGUAUUUACUAGGAUUCUCGACCAUUAUUGUUGCGUCUGUAACACUCUACAAGAACUUUGUAGUCAUUUUUACUGGCGGUGUAGGCAAAAAUGGCUCAACAGUUGCCAUUCCUUGGACAGGGGGAAGAGUGUGUCACUUUGUAAGUGCUGCAUUUUUUUGUGGCUACUUGCAUCUUUUCACACAGUUCUUCCUUGUCUUUCAAAAGGGGGGAGUUGGAAAAAACGGCUCAACAGUUGCUGGCACAAGUGUACUAUCACCAGUCAUACCUUUUAGCCUUGUAAUUCUACCUGCAUAUAUCAUAUACAGGAAGAGUGCAGAAAAUGUAUAUGAGCAACAUCCAGCACUAUAUAUACUUGCAUUUGGUAUGGUGGCAGCGAAAGUGACAAACAGAUUAGUGGUUGCUCAUAUGACGAAGAAUGAAAUGGAGUAUUUAGAUACAGCUCUGGUUGGGCCGGCCAUGCUGUUUCUCAAUCAGUAUUUCAAUUUUUUCAUUCGUGAAUAUAUAGUGUUAUGGCUGUGUUUGUUGUGGGUGACAUUUGACUUAAUGAGGUACUCCAGACAAGUGUGCCAAGAAAUAUGUGACCACCUGAAGAUACAACUUUUCAGGAUACCCAUAAGAUCCCCUGUUACUGCAGUACCUGCUCCGGAGAAAAAUGCAUCAGCAGAGGCGCCUCAAGAAAAUGAUUCUUGCUCAAGUGACGAUGACAGUCACCCACUAUUAGAUGCACAAGAUCAUACAAUAUCCUGAAAUUUAGACUUCUUGAAAUGUGUGUGCGUGUUAUGGUUUGUUCUCAAGUACAGCAUGCGGUUUCAGGAAUUUCUUGCUUUUGCAGUGUAACAGUGACUUACUUGACAGCUAAAUGACUCAUAAUAUGCAUGGCAGUAAUGAGAGAGAAAUUGGCUAUUGCAAUUUUUUCAUAGCAGUCUUAUCAGGAUUGCUCUAAAAGGUAAGAAUAUUUGUCUUUAAGAUAGAUGGUUCAGUAUUUUUAAAAUAUCUAAGGUCAUGUGCCUUAUGUCAAAUGCUGCUGAUGUUGCACAUAGCCAGCAUUUGAAAACUCAUUUUUAUUAGAAGAUGAGUUUUUUCCAAUUUGCCCCAGUCCUUUACUUCGAUGUUUCAAGCUUCUGUUUCAUGGUGUGGAUAGUUCUCAUUGUAUACACAAAAGUAGCAACUUACAAUGAUUGUACAUUAUUUAUAGCAAUUGCAGAAUGCAAAGGGCAAACAAUUGUCAUUGUUAAAAAUGCCCAAAAACUUACAUUGCAUGAACCCAUUAAGUACCUGCGUGUUGUCUGCAUUUGUUGUGUGGAAAUGUGUGGAAGUCUUUCAUGUUUAUUUUUAUCCUGAAUUUGUUUUUUGUGUAAUGAUAUGAUAGGAACAAAUGGUCAGAUAUAAAAUAGAUAUUGCUUAUUGGUUUAUAAAACUGAGUUUGCUUGGUAAAACUUGUGCAUUUCUUCCCAAAAUGAACUGCAGCUCAUUAGGAAUAAAUUUCAAUGUUGUUAAGUAUUUCAGUGGUACACAAGAAAGCAUUGUUGUUUUUAGAAAUCCAGUCAAUGUUUUGUUACUUCUGUAUGAUUGAAUUUAUUUAACACUUUAUCAUAAUCUUCCUAUAGUUGAGAAGACUUUGUUAUAUAAGCUUCAGUAACUGCAAGAAGUUGUUGUAAGGACACAGGCAUAAUAGAAAGGCUUGAGGUGUGGUGGUCUUUGAGGCUUCACAACUUUUCUUAUUUAACUAAAGCAUGUAAACCAAGUAAAUACUCUGUAAGCUGCCAGAUAACAAUUUAUUAAUGAAACAUUAAGUCUUUCAUUAUAUAACAAUAUCCAGAAAAAUAUAUUGUAAAUUGUGACGUUUAUUUUACUUUACAUUACAUCAUUCACAAAAUGUGAACUGCAUACACUGAUUGAGUGACACACGUUUUGCAAAGUAGUUUUUCCUCUUUUUCCUGCAAUUCCUCUCCCACCCCCUCCCCCAUUCCCAGUCUACUUCAGGAGGUUCUCAAUGACUUAAACACAGUUGCAUAUAGGUCAACAUUGAAUUAGAGUUGCAAAAAGUUGCAUUAAGUUUUUGACAAAUUUUUAUUUAGAAAUUGUGUACAUUUAAAACAUCUCAUUUCAAAGUGCAUAUUGUUUUUACCUUUUUUUGUUCCAGUUAGUAAUUUGUUUUGAUGUGUCAUAUUCACUGUAACAAUGCUAAAUUCUUUGAAAGUAAAAGAUUCUCAAGCAAAUCUUCUGGGAAUGUUUUAUUAGAAAAUAAUAUAACAUACAUUUUAUGGCUCACUUUGGAAGCCUAGUGACUAGUUUCCUUAUUUAAUGAGUUCUUGCUGCUUGCUAGUACUUAACAAAGGAAAAAAACACAUCAUUUCAGAUUAUGGAGUUUCACCUUGAAUUUGUUAGAUUUUUACAGCAAAUAAAAAAAAAUUGCAUGAACGUAUUAGUGGAUACUUAUUUGUCACAGUUAAGCAAAGACAGUGCUGCAUAAUCAGUCUCUCUCUCUCUCUCUCUCUCUCUC